AUGGUAAGUUAUAAACUUGUAUCAGUAGAUCAUCAUGCGCUGUCUUUAGACUCCUCCUACAGUUCCUUCUACUCUAACAAAGACCUCCCAGUGAAGCUCAAGCUCGGGAAGCCAGUGUAUGUGGAGGUGUUUCUUCUGAAACGUGAAGACAAGGAGCUCGAGCUCCGAUUAGAAGAUUGCUGGGCCACACCCAAUGAAGACCCACUUGACCAGCAUAGAUGGAACCUUCUAGUUAAAGGGUGUCCCUUUAGCAGUGACACCCACAGAACAGUGGUCCUACCAGUUGUCCCUAGUAAGGUCAUAAAGUAUCCUUCUCAUCACAAGUGGUUUAUAGUCAAGCAGUUCGCUUUUGUAAAACCCAAUCAGUUCCAUCAAUUGGUAUACUUCCAUUGUGAUGUAGAGGUCUGCAAAGAACAUGACUGCUCAAAACCCUGCAACAGAAGCAGACAGCGCCUGGGGAGGCAGAGAAAGACAGUUCCGAAGUAUACCACUGUCUAUUGUGGACCUCUUGAACUAGUAUUGUGAAUUGGGACAAAAUGUACUUGAUUGCUUUCCCUAGUAGGCUAUUAUAAAACGAUGUUGGUAUUAAUUAAGUGUUGAAAUAUUUCACGCUAUUAAAAAGUA